AAAAAGAUUCGAGGAAGCCCGUAGAGGCAUCAUUAUCAACAAACAAAGAUAGAGAGGCAAAAAGAAGAGAAAAAUCUCUUCGUUUCGUCUCCGCCCACCAAAAUUCUUCAUUUCAUAUGGCCUCUGCCUCAGCUGCUCGAGCUUUCAUUCUCUCUCGCGUCACCGACCUGUCACUCAAACCCCUCCACAACCACCAACCCCUCCUCCACCCUCACCCUCACCCUCAACUACCUCAACUACCUUCUCGCCACCUCAGACGGCCCCGCUAUGCCGCGUCGGCGUCGUCCGCCGUCAACUGCCUGAUCUCCGGCGUCGACGGAGGCGGCGUCUCCGACGACUUCGUCAUCUCGACGCGGAACUCAAAGCUCGACCGCGGAUUCUCCGUCAUCGCCAACAUGUUGAAGAAGAUCGAGCCCCUGGAUACUUCGGUCGUAUCCAAGGCGGUUUCUGAUUCGGCCAAGGAUUCCAUGAAGCAGACCAUUUCCACUAUGCUAGGAUUGCUCCCGUCCGAUCAAUUCUCCGUCACCGUCUCCGUUUCCAAACGGCCACUUCAUCGCCUCCUUGUCUCCUCCGUCAUCACCGGGUAUACGCUAUGGAACGCGGAGUAUAGGAUAUCGUUGAUGAGGAACUUGGAGAUUUCGCCGGAUAGUUUGGAGAAUUUGAAUUGUUCUGAGCGGAGGCGCGAGGUGGAGGAGAAUAAGGUGGAGGAAGAGAGUAAGGUGAGGGAUAGUGGGGGUGGUGGUGAUAUAAGUAUUGAGGAUUUGGAGAGAAGAGCACCUCAAAUUUUCGGGGAUUUGUCACCAGAGGCAUUAAAUUACAUCCAAAAGUUGCAAUCGGAGUUGUCUAAUGUAAAAGAGGAACUUGAUGCCCAGAAGCAGGAAAAUUUGAAAAUAGAAUAUGACAGAGAAAAUAGGAACAAUUUGUUAGAGUAUUUGCGAUCCUUGGAUUCUGAUAUGGUGGCUGAACUUUCUCGUCCAUCAUCUUUAGAGGUCGAAGACAUUAUUCACCAACUUGUUCAGAACAUAUUGCAUAGAUUCUUUAAAGAUGAGACUACCUCUGAUUUUAUGUUAGAUUCAGUCAAGGCAGGUACUGAGAACCGCCCGGAUGGUGAUGAUGAACUUUGUGACACCAUAGGCACUUCCCGGGAUUACCUAGCAAAGCUACUUUUCUGGUGUAUGCUGUUGGGUCAUCAUUUGAGAGGCUUGGAAAACAGGUUGCAUUUAACUUGUGUUAUUGGAUUGUUGUAAAGGGAAGGAAUUCAGGAAUGACCAUCAGAAAAAGAAAAGGCAGAAGAAGUGUAAAUUCUUUUCUUCUUUUUGUUUUUUCUUCUGUUUAUCUACGUCAAUAAUAUUGUUCAAGUGAAAACCAUGUAAUAAUACCACAUUUAAUUCUUGCUUGUACCUCUUUCAUGUCAAUUUUCCAACUUACCUCACAUGAAAGGCAAAACUCUGAGUGGUGUUUUUGAAACUACUGUCCAAAUCAAUCAUGUAGGUCACAUGAAGAAUGCUAGAUUUAUUGUUCAUUGUAGAGUCAUAUCAAUGCCAUCUGCUCUUGAAUUA